AUGCCUGUUGUUGCUGUGGUUGUGGAUGAGCUAUCCAGCGAUGGCGCUGCUGUCGUGGAAUGCCUUCCGCAACUCUCCCAGAGAUCAGCGACCUGGAUUGUCGGCAAUUCUCUAGCUGACUUCAAGGGCGAACUCGAGACUCUGCAGGCUGUGGAGAUUCUCGUUUUUGGUGGCGACCCUGCAGCAGUGGCUGACCUCUGGCCUCAUAUGACGUGCUUGAAGUGGAUCCACAGCCUGGCUGCGGGAGUAGACACGCUGGUGCCGGUGCUCAACUCCCUGCCAGGGGGUUCGGAGAUCCCGUUGACCAAUGCCAAGGGAGCUUUCUCGAGAUCCCUGGCCGAAUACUCCCUUGCAGCAAUGCUGCACUUCAACAAGCAAAUCCCGAGAUUACAGAAGCAUCGCACGACAAAGACUUGGGACAAAUUCGUCAUGAACGAGCUCCACGGACAAACCGUGGGAUUCAUUGGUUUCGGUGACAUCGCACAGUGCAGCGCGCGCCUCUGCAAGGCCUUUGGCAUGCGGAUCCUUGCGUGGCGGAAUUCCCGGCAAGCCUCGGGUGAGGAGUUGGCCGACGAAGUCUUCUAUGCCGGUGACGGAGUUGGCGCAAAGCAGGAAGUCUUUAAGCAGUCCGACUACGUCGUUUGUACACUACCUGGUGGCUCUGCAACGUACCACUGCUGCGGAGCAGAGGAGUUGAAUGCCAUGAAGCCCACCGCCGUUUUCAUCUCGCUGGGCCGAGGUUCAUGUGUGGAUGAAGCAGCAUUGGAAGACCUGUUGUUGCACGGCAAGAUCGCGGGGGCAGCGCUGGACGUCUUCGAGAAGGAGCCUUUGCCACCGGACUCCCCGCUGUGGAGAUGCGAGAGUCUGUUGAUGAGCCCACACAAUGCAGCCCCAUACAUGGCAAAACAGUGUGCCCAUGAAAACUGGCAACUAUUUCUGGAACGACUGGACGAGUUUAUGACAGAAGGCUUUUCCGGCUUCCCGGUCGUCGUCGACAAGUCGAAGGGCUAUUGA